CAUACACGCACUUUGAGGUGAGAAAGAGCUACUGAGAGAGAGGGAGGGAGAAAUGUCGUCCAGCGCUGCGCAACCGUUUUGGAGAGCUGCCGGAAUGACCUACGUAACCUACUCCAAUCUCUGCGCCAGUCUCGUCAGGCAGUGUUUGAAGGAGCCUUACAGAUCCGAAGCUUUGUCCCGUGAGAAGGUCCAUUUCAGCGUUUCCAAAUGGGUUGACGGCAAGCCUGAGAAACCAACCAUCCGCACCGACACUCCUGAAUGAGGCUUGGCACCAGCAUAAAGCUAAGGUCCUUUUUCGUAUUCGUUUUAUUGUGAUACAAACUAUUCUGGCUUUGUAAUUCCCUCACAAACUUCACCUGUUCUUGUGAGCUGAGUCUGAUCCAAAUGGACUGAUAAUAAUGUGAAUGUUUUGACGUCUUUUUGCUGUGCUAUUGCCAAUCAUUUUGCCA